AUGUCUGCAAGACCAAGCCUGGCUGCCCCCCAGUCCCAGACUCCUGUGAAGCAAGAACUACCAAUAGUGAAACUUGAAGAAGAGUUUUCUUGGGAGCAGGAAUCCAUCCAUGAAGGAGGUCUGCCCAGACAUGAAGCCUGCCGGCAGCGAUUCAGGCACUUCUGUUAUCAGGAGGCAGCAGGCCCAAAGGAAGCUCUCAGUAGACUCCGGGAGCUUUGCUGUCAGUGGCUACAGCCAGAGGCCCACACCAAGAAACAAAUUCUGGAGCUGCUGGUGCUUGAGCAGUUCCUCCUUGUCCUCCCGGGAGAAAUUCAGGCCUGGGUGCGUGGGAAGCAUCCCAGGAAUGGCGAUGAAGUGGUGACCCUUGUGGAGGAUUUGCAGACAGAGUCUAGCAAAGCAAGGCCAAAGGUCCUUGGCCACACACCCAGAUGGACUGUGCCCUCAGAGAAGCCAACAGCUGUGAUGACUGGAGAGGAGCCCCAGAAACCCCAACAAGAACCAGCCAAGCCUUCAGAGGGGAAGUGGAGUCUUCUAGCUAGGUCCAAGCAACAGCUAACUCCUGGCCUACAAGGGGAAUUCCAUCUCUACCAAGAGAAAGGCUCAACUAUUCCUCAAGGCCCUUCCUCCUCCCAGGAGGAGAGAUCCAGAGACCUGGAAUUAGCAACUGUGCUGGAGUCUCUGACAUUUGAGGAUGUCAUAGUGGAGAAAGUUUGGCCUGCACCCCCUCUAGGGCUUGGAAUUGGGACACAGAAUAGGGAAAAAAUAAAGCAAGAAGGUUCAGAAAAACCUGCAACGAUUCCAGGAAAGGUGGACAAGGAUAUUUCCUUGGUUCCCGACAGGGAAGAUAGACAAGAGGCUCAAUGGAGGGCUGACAGGCCAUGGUGCCCUACUGCUUUAGAGAGUAAAGGAAUAUCCCCCCCUAGUAAAAGUGAAGUUUGGGAGAUAAAAGUCUGUGAUGUCCAAGAGAAGCCCCAGCCUGUGUCCCAGGAGACACCAAAGACUUCCCCUGAGUGUGGAAUAAGGUUUCCCCAGUUGUCAUGCCUCCAGGCACACAGAAGAAGCCACGAUUCCCUCAAGCGCUACCAAUGCCCAUGUUGUGGGAAAAACUUUGGCCGUGGCUCCAUCCUCAAGCUUCAUCUGAGGACACACACAGAUGAACGUCCAUAUGAGUGUUCUGAGUGUGGGGAAUGCUUCCGGCAGAGUGGUCACCUGAGAAAACACCAGCAGACCCAUUCUGGAGAGAUGGCUUUCUUGUGUGCUGACUGUGGGCAGGGUUUCCAACGACGGUCCAGCCUCCUGCGACAUUUACAUGGCCAUGCCAGGGAAACAGAACAGGACAUCAAACCAGCCUUCCUGUGUUCCAUCUGUGGGCAGGGUUUUCAGCGGCAUGCCAAUUUUCAACGCCACCUGGGUCUCCAUGCCGAUGAGAAGCCCAUCCAAGGUGUUGAAUAUGGCAAAAGUUUUCUUCCAGAUACCAGUAACCACCAGCAGCAGCAGCAAGCUCCUAUUGAGCACAAGCCUUACAUAUGUGGUGAAUGUGGCAAGGCCUUCCAGAGGAGUGAGCAUCUGGUCACUCACCAGCGAAUACAUACAGGGGAACGGCCCUUCUCCUGCCAGGACUGUGGACAUGCCUUUAGCCAGAGCUCCCAGCUAGCCAGUCAUCGCCGUGUGCACACUGGUGAAAAGCCUCAUGCCUGUUCUGAGUGUGGGAAGCAUUUUGUGCGCAGGGCUGGCCUUGCACGCCAUAUGCUGACCCAUGGUGGAAAAAGGCCCCAUCACUGUGGCCAGUGCAACAAACGCUUCAGCCAGAGCCAGGACCUGAGCCGCCAUCAGCGCAGUCACACUGGUGAACGCCCAUGCCGCUGUAGUGAGUGUGGGGAGCGCUUCAGCCAGAGUGCCCACUUGGCUCGUCACCAGCGCAUACACACAGGGGAGAAACCUCAUCCUUGUGACACGUGUGGCCGUUGCUUCCGCAACAGCUCCAACCUGGUACGGCACAUUAGGACCCAUACAGGGGAGAGGCCUUACCGCUGCCAAGCCUGUGGAAGGAGCUUCCGCAGAAAUGCCCACCUGCAACGCCACCUUGGGACCCAUCCAGCAACUGAUAGUCCUGAAGCAGGCCAAGAGAUUAAAGAACUGGCAGGCCCAAUCAAGGAGGCUCCCCAGCAGUGUCAACAGUGUGGAAAGAGCUUCAGCCGGGGCUGUAACCUGCUUAGACAUCAAGCCAUCCACACAGGUGCCAGACCCUAUACCUGUAGCCAAUGUGGAAGGAGUUUUAGCCGCAAUUCUCACCUGAUGAGACACCUGAGGACUCAUGUGAAGGAGACUCUGUAUUAG